AUGAAGUCUUCAAGAACUCAGCGCGAAGCUUCAUCAUCUAAAGAACAACCAGAUAAAGAAGUAAACUAUGAAUACCAUGUCACAGAGAUAAAAAGUACUAAAGCUCAAGAGCCGGAUGAUGAUUAUGAAGAAGAGAAUGAAGAGAAUAAUGAUGAUUCUGAAGAAGAGAAUGAAGAGAAUGAUGAUGAUUCUGAAGAAGAGAAUGAAGAGGAGGAGGAUGAUGCUGCUGAAGAAGUGAAUGAAGAGCAUGAUGAUUAUGUUGCUGAAGAAGAAAGUGAAGACAAGGAUGAUGCUGCUGAAGAGGUGAAUGAAGAGCAUGGUGAUGCUGCUGAAGAAGAAAAUGAAGAAGACGAUGAUGUUGAAGUGAAUGGAGAGCAUGAUGAUGCUGCUGAACAUCAAGAAAUUGUUAGAUCAGCCCCAGAUUACAAGGAGGAUGAAAUACAGCUUACAAAAGAGUAUAUGAUGGCGAUCAAUAAUGCUGCUGAAUAUUGCACAAAGAAAGGAGAGCAUCAAAAGAUCCAUGAUGCAAUAACAUCUUGCAUAAAAAAGAAUAAAUUGAUUCAGAUGCUGUACAAUGAAAAAGAAGAAUUAUUGAAGCAUCAGCAGCAACUGCAGAAGAUGGUUAUGGAAGCAGCAUAUCACAAGAAAGUCAUACAACUUGAUGUUCAUGAGGAAAAAUCCUACAUGACAAAGCUGCAGCUAGAAAAUGAUCAACUUCUUGCAGAGAAGAUUUCCUACUUGGACAUUAUUAAUGAAAAGGAAGUUGUUAUUGUCUUGUUGAGAGAUCAAAAAUUAGCGCAAGAACUGCAGAGUGAAGACGAUAAAGAAACAAAGAAAGAAGGUGAAGCAGAAAAGAUAAAAUCAAGGAAACUAGAUUCCUUAUUCCCUAAAGCAGAGACGAGAGCACAAAAGAGAAAGGCACAAAAAAAACCUCAAGAACCAGCCAAAUCAAAUAAGAGGGCCAAAAAUGCGUAUGCCGAGAUACUUCAUCAUGAUGAAAAGAAGGACCCUAAAAGACAACAGAAUGCAUACAUCACGUGCUACGCAUACAGGUAUCUCACAGGUAAAAUGCACCCAAGAACAUUCGAUGAAUAUUUUGUCAAACUCCUUGAAUGCAUAGGGAAAACUUCAAAGGCAGACACAUCACAUGUCUUCUUCAAUAGUGUCAAGGAAUGUGCUCCAAUAAUUUUAGAAAAAAACAGCUUCACACUUCUUGAGUUCAAGAAGCUCGUCUACAAUGAAGAAUUGACCGACGAGAUUGCAAAACUUCUUCCAAACCUGAAAGUUACACCAGCAAUUGCUCAAACAAUACAAUAUCUGAUGAAACAUGAUCCCACCAAAUUCAACUUUAAGGAGGACAUGGAAUGCGCCCAACAACCUGAAAAGUCAAAUGAUUGUGGAGUAUUUGUCAUGUACUACAUGCAACAGUUGUCACAAGGAAAACAAAUUGAAGAAACCUUGAGUACAGAGCAUGUGUGGGAAAUGAGAAAAGAAGUUUUAUUGAAGACAAUGGAAAAUAAAAAAAGUUGGUAUUUCACAAAAGGGAAUGAAGGAUGA